AAAUUCUUCCGGGGUCCCAGAGCAGACAACAAACAGCGGUCAGCCUGCUUUAUCAGGGCGAAGUGCCAAGUACAUUCACAAGAAACGCAACAAGUGUGCACUAUAAAACAGGACUUUCCCCCUUUGUGACUCUGCAGUUUUUCUGUAGGGUAUUUUAGUUGUUUUAUCUGCCCGUGCACCACAGUUCUCUCGGUUUGCUCGCAGCUUGCAGGAAUGAGUGAGGAUCAGUUUGAUGUGGUUGUCGUCGGCGCGGGCCUGUCCGGACUGAGCGCUGCUCGGCGGCUGCAGAAGAGAAACCCGCGGCUCAGUGUGCUCGUGCUGGAGGCCAGGGACCGUGUCGGAGGGCGAACUGUAAGCGAAGACCUGCCAGCUGCCAAUGGAGUUGAGCAGUGGGACAUGGGUGGACAGUGGGUGUCCAGCUCGCAGAUCCAUGUUAUGGAGCUCAUCAAAGAGUUUGGUGUUGAAGUCUUUACCCAAUAUACAGAGGGCAAGAAAGUCCAUCACAUAGGUGGCCCGAAUGCCAAAAUCAAAAUGUACAACACCACCGUCCCGCAAUUCUCUCCUCUAGUCAUGUUGGACUUCAUUCAGGUUAUGUGGAAGGUCGACAAGCUCACUAAGACCAUAUCAGUUGAAGAUCCCAUGAGUUCCCCAAAUGCAGAGCUCUAUGACAGCAUGACACUUUACACCUUUAUGGAGCAAAACAUCUGGACCAAAGAUAUUAAAGAGGAGCUGGCCGUCUGUAGUCGUAUCGUGUUUGGUUUGGAAACAUCCCAGAUCUCCUUUUUGUUUUUCCUCUUGUACUCCGCUGCAGCAGGGGGCACCCUUCGCCUCUUAGAAACCUCACCUGGAUCUGGACAGGAGUUUAGAGUCAAGGGUGGCACUCAGCAGCUGUCAAAAAUGCUGGUGGAGCAGAUCGGUUCAGAUCGAGUUCGACUUGGCGCUGCCGUAACGGCCAUAUGUCAGGAUUCAGAGAACAUAAAAGUUACGACAUCUGCAGGCACGGUCUCUUGUAAAGCUGUCAUUGUUGCGUGUCCUUCUCACUUAGCAGCCCAGAUCCACUAUGAGCCUCCCCUUCCAUCUGAGCGCCAGCGCCUCAUCCAGUCUCUACCCAUGGGCCACAUGACGAAGUUUAUCAUCACUUACCCCACUGCAUUUUGGAGGGAAAAGGGUUUCUCUGGGGAGAUUGUGGUUCGUCCCUCUGAGAGCUGCCCUUUGAGCGUCACAUUUGAUGCUACUAGCCCCAAAGGCAACCCGGCUCUGGUGGGGUUCAUCACCGGAAUACAGGCCCGUGACUGGUGCGACAAAAAGUUGGAGGAGAGAAGAGAUGCAGUGAUCUCCAGCCUGGUGAAGUACCUCGGCCCGGAGGCGUCCACCUACAUUCACUAUGCAGAAAAGGAUUGGGGGAAGGAGCAGUAUAGCGGAGGGUGUCCUGUGAAUGUAAUGACCCCCGGGAUGCUCACGUUUUACCAUCCCAGCCUUCGAAAGCCCUGUGGCAGGAUUCAUUGGGCAGGCACAGAGACUGCAACUAUAUGGUGUGGAUACCUUGACGGGGCGGUUCAGGCAGGUCAACGGGCGGCUAUGGAGGUUCUGGCUCAGCUGUGUCCUUCAUCUCUGUCCCGAGAGGAGCUGAACGCAGUGCGAGAAUCUCUGAAGCCAAGAGCACCCAGAAAGGGCUCAAAGGGCAGGUCCAGGUCUCUCUGUCUUCUCGGUGUGGUGAUGACAACAGCCGCACUGGUGGGCGCUUAUCUGUUAGCCAAACCAAAACUACCAGUUAAAUGGAUUUAAAUGGAUUUAAUGGGAAGUAGUUGAGUGUCCUUAUGGCAAGCUGUUUUAACAUGUAAUUUAUAAAACAUGCUAGUGUGGAUUUGAAUUAAACAGCACCACAGGUGUCUUAACUUAAAAUCUAGCGCCAUCACUUAUCAAUAUAACAUUUGAACGCAAUGGGCUACAAUCAAAAAAUGUUUUCCUCUGAAUCCUUGGCUCAAGCCGAUUCAAACGCACCAUUUAAAAACUAUUUAAAAUCUAUUUGAACAAACUUGUACUAGAGCGUUUAUCCGAUUUUCACCUAAUUAAAAUCACAUGAUCUAGAGACCAUGCAGACAAAGGCUGUUUCUCAAUAUGCGUUCUUCAGCGGUCUUGCGCCCUCGUGUUCUCGUGUAACGUCAUCAUCAGCUGCCAAAGUUCAGUUCUAAUGCUUAAAACUGCAAUAGGGAGGUGAAGGUGGGAAGCUCAGCAUUUGAUAUAGAUUUAUUAUUAAAGUUCAGAGAUAUAACUUGUUUACUUCAGGAGUUUCCCUUAAUGAAACGGGGAAUAUACAUUAAACAUUACCAUGGACAUCUUAAUAAAGGAAUAAACACAUUAAGGGUGUUUAUUUGCUGAAAUUCAU